AUGGCACUUGUUUUGCAGUUCUCAGUUUUGAUCAAUGCAAGUGCAUCAUUUACCACCAAAGUUGAUGAAGUUCCUGAUCCAAGCAUAAAGUGUGGUGAAUGUCCUUGUGUUAAUCCAUGCAGCCAGCAACUACCUCCUCCUCCACUGCCACCCCCUGCAUUGCCGCCGCCACCCCCACCGCCUGCACUGCCACCACCGCCACCAGAGCAGUAUUGUAGCCCACCACCACCAAGAUUUGUGUACACAGCCGGAACCAGCCCACCACCUCCACCGAGGUGGGUUUACAUGACUGCAGAUCCCAGACACUUGAAUCCAACCAAUGAUCCAUUCAGUCUACAGAUAUACACUAAUGCAGCACAAGAUCGUCUUACGAAUUUUAGGGUGUUUCCGUUGGUAAGCUGCAUAGCACUCAUAUUGAUGGUAUUUUGGUGA